CCCGAGUAGCCACUGCUAUGCCGCGAUGCUAAAGACUGGAGUAAUAAAGAUUAUGAGGUGUAGUCGUCAGUCGUCACUAUGAGAGACUUAGCUAUAGCUGAAUCAAUAUGUAGAAUCACCAUCCUAACUCGUGCCUCCCAAGUAAGUUAAAGCUUGUACUGGUGAUUAAACUUUGCACUGGUGAUUAAACCACCACCAAGGUUCAUUGUAAAGGCUUGUACUGAAGUGGUCGACGUCUCCCCUCACGACUCUGUUGCCACUGUGCAGAAGGAGGGUGAAUAACUAAGUUGUCUGUGUUCAAGCAAGUCCAUUAUGGCUGCGGUUGUUGCGAGCUUAUGAGUCUCGGUUGUCGGAGUCCCCCCGCUCCGAUAAUAUGAUUCUCCUUCUCUAAGGCGUUGAAAAUUUGUUGCCUUAGUUGUACAACACUAACUUCGAUUUGUGCAUUGGACUUUAACUCACAUUAGAAACAUAAGUUAUUCCGGUUCUUCCACAACAAACAACAUAGUGGUAAAGAGUGUACUGUCGAUGUUCAUGCUACGACCCGUGGUGUAGUAAAGUAGCCAUCCCUCAAGAUCCUGCUCGAAAAAUCAGUAUCUGGUUCAUUUGACACCAACUCCGCGCAUAUUGCUCGAGAAAACGGACAGUCUAAGAGAACAUGGGUUGUCAUUUUAGGUCCUUCGCCACAGAUCUUGCAGUUGUUGUCGGUAGUGAGGUGCCUCUAGUUCGUUCCACAUUGGUGAGCAGCUGUUGGUGGGUGGGAAGCCAAAGGAAGGUCUACAUGCGUUGAAGCAACGAUAACCUCCAAAUAGAACUCCAUCUUCAGUGUCGAUGUGUUGCGGUUGUCUCCUCUUCACCAGUGAGCUUGUAAGCUGUCCUGAACAAGAAUUUCCCAUCCGCUGAGAGUCUCAAACAGUGUGCAUCCUCCUCCAAUUCCAUCGGUAUAGGGUGGAGAAAGAAGAGUGAAGCAAGAUCAUAAGGCAAGAAAUGGUUAAUAUACUCGUGGUUCCACUUACCCUUGAGGACAAAGUCUACCACAGGAAGAUCCAGAGCUUCCGGUGGAAUGGUUACUGAAUAGGCGUGAAGUGGCUUGCUAUCGUGCAACCAUCGGUCGCUCCAAAAUGGAGUGCUCCUUUCGUUCCUGACGCUCUAGACCUUAGCCUCCUGAAUUUUGUGCCAAAUGCGGAGACCAUCGCCACAAGUUAGAUAGCCGCCCCUUCCUCUGAGGAGUCGGUCCUUCUGACGAAGGCUUAUUGUACUUACUUAGGAUCACCUUCGCUCAAAGUUCUUUCAGGCUAGUGAGGAACAAUUUUCAGCAUAUACGCCUCGUUAGACCAAGUAGUCGUUCUCAAACCCAAACCUUCUUCUUUUUUAGGGUUGCAUACUGUCUCCCAGUCGACCAGAUGGAUCAUCCUCCCUCCUUCUGUGCUACCUCAAAUGAAAGCUCUUAUUUUCUUAUCGAUGUAGUCUCACCACCAGCCGGUAAGAAGGUUCUCUGUAUUGUGUAAGAAGAGAGAGACGAGAGCACCGACUGGGCUAAAGUUAUCAUGGCUGCAAAACUCGUUGACAAAGUCUUCCACCCGGCAAGCAGGGCAUCGAUCUUGUCAAUGAGCUCAUUAAAUGGUGCCUUGGACACCCUAUCAUGGAUGACUGGGAUGCCCAAAUUGCAACCCAGGUUCUCAGUCUAGUGAAUUUCCAGCUCAACACUCAAGGAGACACGCUUGGUUACAGGACCAUUGCUCAAGUAGAAGACUCAAGAUUUGGGCUUGCUAAUUCGUUGACCCGACGUAGCUCCAAACGGAUCGAAGCAUUGCACUAUAGGCUGGACCUGUCUGCUCGAAGCUUCGCUAAAGAGAAUUAAGUUAUCUUCAAAAAAUAGGUGGGAGAGGACUAGACCUGAUCUAGUCAGCUUGAUAGGAUGCUAAUGUCCAAUCCUAACAAAGUCAUUAAUCAGGUGGCCUAACCAUUCCAUACACAAAGUGAAAACAUAGGCGAGUGAGGGCAUUCCUGUCUGAGGCCUCGCGAGGGUGAAAAAAUAUUGGUCAAAACCCCAUUCCACUUGAUCUCCAUGGUGGCCUACGUGAUGCAUGCCAUGGUAACGUUGUUGAACUUUACUUAGGCUCCAAUUUCUUCUUGUUCCACGGUGUCCCAAACAAAUUCCCAUCGAAUACCAUUGUAUGCUUUAGGCAUGCCAAUUUUGAACACCUUCCACCCUUUUCUACCCUUAUUGACUCACAUGGAAUGGACCACUUCUUUUAAGCUUCAAAUACUAUCUGUAAUUUGGCAACAUGUCACAAAACUUGUUUGAGUUUCAUGGACAAGCCGAGGCAUAAAAUUUGUCAAUUCCACCGUAAUAUCGAUGAGAACUAAAAAUAUGAACUCUCGGUUCAUAUGGUGUCGAGUUUCGACAUAAAUUUGUCAAACCCACUUGAUACCCAAUUAAUGAUGAAACUCCUAAAAUACCUCUUGGACUAGUAUACCCUAAGCUACUUCUGUAUAUAUUUAUGCAAUGGACCAAUCACUCCCACAGAUUUCCCUCUUUCUUUCUGCCACUGAAAACUGACCAUAGCUCUUAAAUUCACUAUCCCUCAAAAUCGAGUGCCACAAAACCUAGCUCCCCUUCAAGUUGACAACGACAGCCGAAUGCAUUAGAGGGAAAGAGAGAGAUAACAUGGAAAACCCUAAGAUUAGGAAGAUUAAUAAAAACAUAUUUAGGUGUUAUUAGUAGAGUACCUCAAUCCCCCUCUGGUAUGUACUUCGUGUUAAGUCUAUUGGCAUGAUUGUUCUCUAUUGGCUAUAAAUAAUAAUAGUGGGUGCGAAAUGUUCAGAGGUUAAUUGCAGUCUGCUGAAUAGUUUAAUGUUUAAAAUGCAGUUCUGAAAUUAAUAACACUAAGGUUAUGGUUGAGGUGCUGAACUUUGAGCAAGUCAUUACUAAGAAAGUAUUGCAUGAAACUAUUGCUUGUGUAUGAUCUAGUGCUCCAUCAACUAGGAGUGCUACUAUGAGCUUUGUUGCAGUUGUUAGAGAGUCACAACUUCUAUGAGGAGCCUGAUAAUGACUCACCAAAAGGUUGAUAAAGGUUAAGUGCUAGAUGUGACAGUUGGGAGUUUACAUGCUCAAUAACCCCAAGUAGUAGUAGGGCAGCAACCACUAACUAAGUUUUCCAAUAAAUUUGCAUAGAUGGUUGAUGAUAGCAUUUCACCCUCUCUUCAAACUAAGCUUGUUGUGCCUACCACUAACUAGUUGGUAUGUACUUCUUUAUUUUGCCACUUUUGUGCAUGCUUCCAUUUUUUAUGUUGAGAGGAGGAAAAUGUAUGAAGAUAUUUGUAGAAUUAAUGUCAAAUUCGCACCCUAGAUCAUUGUAGGGACUUCAAUGAGCUUUCUCAUGCGAUUGAAGCUUCUAAUGAUCCAGUGGUGGAUUUAAGUCUGUUGGAUUUUUGAAAAUAACAGGUGGAAUUAAAGGUAAUGAACCUUAAGCUUCGGUUCCAUGGUUAACUUGGACGAAUAAGCAAGAGGGUGAUCUCGUUUCCCGAAGAUUGGAUAGGCAAUUAUUAACCUAAAUGGUUAGAAAGCUGCACUGCUAGAACUAUAAAUCUGUUGGAGCUGUGUAUUUUAUACCAUUGUCCUAUUUUGAUUGAUUCUCAUAGUACCCCUCCCUAAACCUUUUAAGUUUAUGAAGUUUUGGAUUAAUCAUCUGAAGUUAUAUGAAAGCUUAGUAGAUCAUGUUGUUCUAAUAUUGGAGCAGUGGUACAAUUUAAAUCACGUGAAGGGUUAAAGGUUGAACGACAAGCUCUAGCCUCUAUGUAUGCUUCCUGGUGCAACUUUUGCAGGCGAGAAGAGAUUUAUGUGGAAUUCGUUGUAUUACAACAUGCUAAGUAAUUAUUUUUUAGGAAAAGGUCUUGGGAAACCUGGAUGAAGUAGGGUGAUUCUAAUUCUUCUUUCUUCCAACGUUCAAUUAAAAUAUCGCAUAAGAGGAAUACGAUUCACUCUUUGCUGAACAAUGAGGGAGUUUGGGUUAACAUAUACAUAUAAGAUGUGUGAGGUUGUUGUUGCAUUAUACCAUAACCUGUUGGGGAAGGCAUGUGAUAGAGUUUGUUCUGAAGAUGUGUCUUUUAAUGAUAGUUUGUUAACUAAGAGACUCACCCCUGUUCGGUCAUACUUAGAUGUAUUUUUUAAGGUUAGUAUUCUUCGUAGGGUAAACUUUACACUUCUAGCUCUUGUUCCUAAGGUGAAAAUUUCUGAGAAUCUGAGAAUUUUUGCCUAUUUCUUGUUGCAAUACAUUAUAUAAAUGUAUGGCAAAGAUACUAUCACUUAGGGUUAGAGAAUUCAUGUCAUAUGUGAUAAGUAAGAAUCAAACAAUUAUCGUCAAGGGGCAAGGUAAUGGAAAAGAACAUUGUUUUGGAACAUGAAUUGGUGUAGAAGUAUGGUUGGAAGAAUGUUUCACCUAGCUGUGUUCUUAAAAUCAAUUUAUUGAAAGCAUUCAACUCUGUUUAUAGAGGCUUUUUGUUUAAGGUUCUAACCGCCAUGGAAUUUCCCACUUUAUUUGUUAUAUGGUUGGAAAUGUGUGGUGCCGCUUUUAUAUUUAGUAUUGGGUUUAAUGGAGGCAGUACGAUAUUUCUUGGAAAGGAAAGGGCUUGAGCAAUUUGAUCCUUUUUCACCUUGCCUAUUUGCCAUAUCUAUGAUUUUUUUUUCAACUAUAAUAAAUUCGGUUGUCUACCUUGAGAAUCUUCCAUUUCACCCUAUGAGCAAAAGGAUCGGCUUACCCACCUUUGUUUUGCAAAAGAUUUACUUGUCUUUACUCAUGGUUCCAACUUCCAACUAUGGGAUUCAGAGAGUUCUUGUUCAAUUUGGGACAUUCUCAUACCUUACCUCAAAUCAGACGCAAUGUGAAAUAUUUUGUGGAGGACUUCCAGAGCAUUGACAACAUAGUCUGGCUCUAAGAGCUGGCUAUAUAUUAGGAUUUAGGUAAGCUUCAUGUGUGUUAUUUGGAUGUGCCUCUGAUAGCUCAAAAGCUUACUAUAAAGGCUUGUAGGCCAAUGAUCGAUAAGUUGACAGCCAAGGUUCAUGGUUGGAGAGCUCGUGUGUUGAGAUACUCUCGUCGUUUGGAAAUAAUUAUGCCCAUCCUUUUCAAUUUUACACAAUCAUGGAUGGUUGUCUUCAUAUUUCUUAAUAAAAUGAUUUGGGAAAU